GCGUUUGGACACCAUGAAUCUGCACAAUGAGUUCAACAAAAGUCUUCGGACUCCUCUUGAAGAUCAACGAGAAGAAGUGCCGCAGAGGUCAGCGGCUGCGAUGGAUGCCGGCCAUGGGCAGGGAGCCGGGCCAGCAUGGCCUCAAGACAAGCCUCUCUUCACCCCCGCUCUCUACAAGCAGCGCUACGAGGCCAUCGUGCAGCUCGUCAAGAAAUACAGGCCACGAAGAAUGGCUGAUUUUGGCUGCUCUGAAUGCAAACUGCUUCAGAAAAUCAAAUGGGAGCCCUACGUGGAAGAGUUGGCUGGCGUGGACACUGACAGACGCGUAUUGAUUCACAACUCGCACACGCUGCAACCUCUUCCGUGCGACUACCUCAUACCCAGGGACAACCGCCUCACCGUCAGGCUCUACCACGGCUCCGUGGCAGACAGGGAUCCUAGUUUGCGCGGCUACGACUUUGUCAGCUGCGUCGAACUGAUAGAGCACCUGGACCCAGAAGUGCUGGCUGCACUGCCCGGGGUGCUGUUGGGCUACGUGUCCCCUCAAGUGGCCGUCAUCACCACGCCCAACGUGGAGUUCAAUGUGCUGCUGCCCGGCCUAAAAGGGCUCCGGCACUGGGACCAUCGCUUCGAGUGGACGCGGAGACAGUUCCAGGCAUGGUGCACGGAUGCGGCGCGGACGUACGGGUACAGCGUCUAUUUCAGUGGCGUCGGUCUGGCGCCUCCGGGCCACCACCAUCUGGGCUUCUGCUCUCAGAUGGCCAUCUUUGAGAAGGCCAACCCAUGGUUGGAAAGCCUUCAUCGCACCGUCAAAGACACCGGAGGUCGCUACGAGCUGGUGUUCGAGUUUGUGUUCCCGACCUUGCAGGACAAGCAUUGCAGAGACGCGAUGCUGCUGUUUGAGGUGAAGUUCCUCGUAGACGGAUCUGUGCGACGAUACCAGGAAGAGCGCGAUGAUUUCUGCGGCGCCAACGCCACUCCCGCCGGCGGAAGUCCCACGUUCCCGUCACCGCCAACGAGCUGCGCCGCGUCUCCUCACUCCGACUCGGGGGCCUUUGCCCGGCGCUCCAGCUCAGGAUACGAAACUCAAUCCGACGGCGCCGUGUCGCGCCCCGCUCGAGGCUGGCCUCCAGCGAGGCAGACGGCCAUCAAAGCUGUGUCUAACGGCACAGAGGUCGUGAUAGACUUGGCCAUGAUUUACAUCUCGGAUAAGGUGCAGAAGCUGUGCAGUUCUGUGGAGCAACUGCGAGAGGUUAUCAAGUCCACAAGCAACUUCCAGCUCAGCCAUGAUGAGACGGGCAUCGUGUGUCAUUUGCCAGAGAACCAAGAGCUGAACUGGGGGGGGAGACGUUAUUCGUAGUCGAGAUGGCAAAUUGCAGUCCACAUGUUUCUCCAGCCGUCUUUGUACGGCAAUUCAACUGAAACAGCAAUGAGAAGUGAACAUGACCUGAUUUACACGUUGAGAUCGGUAUAAAUGGAGACACCAUCACUGGAGAGGAGUUGACAACCCGUUUUGAAAGUACUGGACUUUGGUCAUGUUUUGAGUUCAUCUCUUGAGUGGAUGUAUGUGGCACUUGGGUUAAUGAUAAUGGGCCAGUAUACAGAUUCAGAUACAUUUAAGAGCUAUGCAUUAACAGUCACUCAAAUGAGGUACUGUGCUAAAAAAAAAUCUUUGUAAACCUGUUAGGUCACCUGUUGUGUGCAGAUAUUUAGCACAUGAUAAAGAUAUGUUAUUGACAAUUAAAUAUCUUAAUGCUUUUUUAAGAUGCUUAACGAAAUUAACUUUUAUUUUAAUGGCAAAAAUAUUACAUUGUUGGUAGAUUUUCUGGCAAUAUUUUUUUGUUUGACAUUGGAAGGCGAGUUCUGCAACCCCGUCAUGUUAAUUUUCCAUUUGAUCGUCCAUGGUCCUAUUUAAGAGCUAAUCCAGAAGUUAUGACAGCAUCAGAUCUCUUUAAAACAUAUUAGGCUUCGUUUUGCAGA